AGUCCAAAGUCUCAGUUCUGAACUCCAUUUUGGAACUCCUCUCAACACUUCCUUUGAGCCGAACCUCACAAUGGCAAAAGAGCGAACAGAAACUCCGGAAGAGGAAAACGGAGCUCCAUUUAAACGACACAGUCACAAAUCAAAAUCCAAAACGGAGUACGAAUCCGAAUCUGAACCCGAACAAGAACCGAAACGAGAAGCGAAAAAGCACAAGAGAAGUCGAAGUCGAAGUUCGAGGAGAAGAUCACGGGACGAUUCGUCGGAUUCGGAUUCUUCAUCAUCCGGAGAAGAUUCGUAUUCGGACUCCGAAGAUUCUUAUUCAGAUUCAGAUACGGAGUCGGGUAGUUCGGAGUAUUCGGAUGAGUCGGAGGAUGAGAGGAGGCGAAGAAAGAGGAGAGAGAGGAAAAGAAGAGAGGAAAAAGAGAAGGAGAAGAAACGAAAGCUGAGGAAAGAGAAGGAGAAGAAGAGGAAAAGAAAGGAGAAAGAGAAGAAGGAGAGAAAGAAGAAGAAGAAGAAGAAGAAAGAGAAGGGGAAAGUUGGUGCUGUUACGAAUUCAUGGGGCAAAUAUGGAAUUAUCAAGGAAACUGAUAUGUGGUACUGAGAAUAAGUGAGAUUAAGUAUAAGGAAGGUAGAAUUUCUUUUCUUCCCACUUUUUGAAGCUCUUUCAUAAUGAUGAAAAUGGAAGAUGAAGGGAACACUAGCUUUUUCGGUAGUGAGGAUGGGAAAGACAGUUUGAAGAACCACAGUUUAGCAAUUAGCCAUUUCAAUGAUAUCUCACACGCCUCAUUCCGGGUAAAAAACACUCAACUUGCCAUUUCAGCAUCAAGUGCUCAAAAAAUUAAAAU